GUAGUUGAUAUGCAGCAGUCGACGUAUACUACAAGAGAAUCUGUUUAUAGGGGUUUAUAUAAAACACUCAAAUGUACUCCAUUAUAUGAAGCGUGUCUUUCUAUAAGUAUACAAGGUUGGUAUUGUUGUUUUAAAGCAUAAUGUGCUUUGUAUAUAAUAUGUACUCGAUGAUACUGCGCCUGUAACUUGUGUAAUUAGGCCCGCCGGCCGUAUCUGAUGUAAUACAGUAUACGAUUUCUCAAUUGAACGCACGCAAACUGAUAAAUUUGUUGUAAUGUAUUUGUUAAAGUGUAUGGCUUUAUAGUAAGGCAAUAACGCUACAUAUAAUCUACAUAUUGUCAAAGCAUUGUAUAUAUAUAAUUGUUACGUAUAUUUUGAAAACAAUUGAUAUAUAUAUUCUGUGCCAGCAGACAAGCUAGUAGCGACAACACCAGAAAGCUCUGGACACCUAUAUCAUUUGUUGUAAAUGGUUUUGGUGAUGAAUUAAGUUAUUAAACUAUAAAACUAAACAUUGAGAGGAUUAAAAUCUGAGAAAUACGACGUUCCGAGCAAAGGCAAAGCUUCAGUUGUAUUUUUUAGGUAUUUAAAUCCAUCUCAAUCCACAGCGUUCAAGAAUUUGAUGUUUAUAUUUAAUACGUAUGUUUAGAAACAUUUUGGGUAUAUAUACCGACUAUUAUUCUUCCUAUGAUCCGUAAGCCAUAAUGGUAUAACAUAUAGAUGGUCGAAAUCAAUCUGUAUAGAUGUUUAUAUAUAUAACAACUAUUAACGAUUACUCUUGACUAUAUCUAUGAGCCUUUAGGCUUUACGUGCCAUGGGCUUUCGUUCUGGGCAUGGGGAAUUAAGCUCUUGUAAGCAUAGCCCUAAAACUCUGCAGCAAAGGAUAUCAUAACAUAUUAGAUCAUAUAUGAUAUGCUAUGAUAGAAAUUUAGAUUCUAUAAAAUCGUAGAUAAUACGUUGAAGGCUUCGAACAGUCUACACAAAGACGACAAAGUCAAAUUGUAUAAUUCAAUGCAUUUCUACAUAAUUAUAAUUGUAAAUUACUCCACAUACUGCAUCAUAAUUGUUCAUUUAUUUAUCUGUUUUAUAUCAAUGACGAGAAAGGAACAAUUUGUAGGUUUUUGAGUGGGCAGUUUAAGGCAUUGGUGACGUUCAACGACAUCUUAACCUGCCAUUAGCGGGUCAAGUGUACUUAAAAUAUUUUAGGGUGUCAGUGUUUUUUUUUAAUGGUUAAUUAAUAUAUUUAUAUUUAAGAUUUACGUGAUGUUUAUAUAGGUUAAUGUGUUAAUUUAGGGAACUAUGGGCUGAUGUAACUCAAAAUGUUCACUAUUAUAUAUGCAUGCAUGGUCAGUUGACUUUCACCUUGGGAUGAAACUAUGGACAUACCACAAGUUGAUUUCUCUUCAACAAUGGCAAAGUAUAUUGAGACUUUGAGAUCGACUCCCUCCCCUUCCCCCUAUUUCAAUGUUGAAAGGUUAUUGUCUUUGUAAAAGAUAUAUAACGUGACACCAGAAGCGCGGUCAAAAUCUGAUGUACGAUAUUGGAAUUAAACAAUAUUUUAUAAUGUACAGCGCAUUGAAAUGGGGAGAGGGGGUUUGUUUAAACUAUUUUGUGGACGAUUGUAGGUGAACCACUGCUAUUGUUAACAUUUUGAGGUCAAUCAUUCCAUAUACUUAAUACUUUAUCUGCAUUGAGCUCCGACACAAUUGAACCAAAACAAACUUCAUUUGGUAUAUGUAUUUAAGUGUUUAAUUUUAAUAGCAUCCUGUGGUGUGGGGUUUUGUGUAGGUAAUUAGUGUAUAUAUAACUGAAUUUUUGUGACUUGCUAUAUAGUAGUGAGACAUACAUUAUGAUUAUCAGAUUAUGGUUAGGUAAUGGAUAUCACUAAGGUAGAGCUAGUGCCUUUAGGCUUAGCUUUCAUUUUGCAAUAACGUUUAAAAAGAUCUUCUUUGUUUGUACAUGACGUCACUACGUCUCUUUGUGCGCGAUCUCGGUGAUUCUAGAAUUUACUCUUUACAGUAGUUUAAUUCACUGCACCCUGGCGUGUUUUAACAAACGUUGUUGCCAUGUUAUGCAUAUACAAACAAAUUAUUCAUUCGCCAAUUUCUAAUUUUGUAGUUCAGCAUGAACUGGAUUGCGUGACUUCGAUAUAGGAACCUAACAUAGCCUCAAGCUAAGCCGUUUCCCCCUGUAGUUCUAGGGGAAACAGAAUACCGCACUCAAGCGCAUGCGCGAGUGGGAAAUGGCGGGAAAAGCGUUUACUAUAAAGGCCGAACACAACUUUUGCCUAAAACUGUCGCAUGCAACCUGCUUACAACUUGAGUUGUACUGUGUAAAUCAAGCACACGUCACAACUCACCAACGACACGAGUUGUAUGCAUGAAUUACACAGUACAGCCUAAAUUGUAAGCAGGUUCCAUGCGACCGUUUUAGGCAAAGGUUGUGUGGUGUAAAUAUUGGCCUUGAGGAAACGGCUGAACGAUGGCGCUACUCGCAGCUGUGUCCACAGCGGGCAAGCUGAACAGUUGCUUGACUUGACGAUGAUCUGAAUCCAACCCGCGACUUUUGGUUCAAAAUCGACCAUCACUCAUUAGAUUUGCUAUAAUUUAUUUUCUGCCUGAUUUCCUUCUAGUUUGAAAAAUCAAAUCAAAUUUCACAAUGUCCACGCACUCAAUGGAUCAGUUAUCAGCCACACCGGAGAAACGGAAUCAUUUGAAAACGGCCGACAGAGGAAUGCCGUUUAAAAAGUAAGUUAUGAUUCAUUGUCUAUUCAUUUGUAUGAUUGUACCAGACUGACUCGUGCUCGAUUGCCCUCAUUCUUGCAGUGGUGUUGUCAUAGAACGAUAACAAAUGGGGGGGGGGGGCUCUCGAAAGGAAGGGGUUGGCAAGGCAUAAGUGACAACAUGGUAAACAUGGAAUGUUCUACCAUGUAUUUUUGGUUCUAGCAAUUCUUCAAUUAGUGUUAUGGUAGGAUGAAAGUGUGGGGCGGGAGGGGUUCCUGGAUCUCUAGGGAGAACAGUUUAGAACUGAUAGAGCUAUCCAGUGUAAAUAAAGCUAGUUUAGUUUAGGUUUCCUCCUGUAGUAACACUGGAUCAAUAAGAGUGAUCCUUACUGGACCUCUAGGGAGAACAGUUUAGAACUGAUAGAGUUAUCCAGUGUAAAUAAAGUUAGUUUAGUUUAGGUUUCCUCCUGUAGUAACACUGGGUCAAUAAGAGAUGAUCCUUACUGGACCUCUAGGGAGAACAGUUUAGAACUGAUAGAGCUAUCCAGUAUAAAUAAAGUUAGUUUAGUUUAGGUUCCCUCCUGUAGUAACACUGGGUCAAUAAGAGAUGAUCCUUACUGGACCUCUAGGGAGAACAGUUUAGAACUGAUAGAGCUAUCCAGUAUAAAUAAAGUUAGUUUAGUUUAGGUUACCUCCUGUAGUAACACUGGAUCAAUAAGAGAUGAUCCUUACUGGAUCUCUAGGAAGAAUUAUUUAGAACUGAUAGAGUUAUCCAGUAUAAAUAAAGUUAGUUUAAUUUACGUUUCCUCCUGUAGUAACACUGGAUCAAUAAGGGAUGAUCCUUACUGGAAUAGUGGACCUCUAGGAAGAACAGUUUAGAACUGAUAGAGCUAUCCUUACAGAUAAAGUUAGUUUAGUUCUUUUGCAUGCAAUUUACAUACCGGUAAUCAAUUUUAUUCCCUCUGUUUUCAGAAUGGCAAAAAUGCUCUCGAAACGUCUACUGAAGGCUAAAGAACAAGACGUACAACUAGAGCUUGUCGACCAGGCCUGGUUCCACGGUCGCUUGACUUCGGAAUACGCCGUCAAAGUCCUAGAAACCGAAGGAGAAUUUCUUGUCCGCGAGAACCCUGCGAGGCCUGGGGAUUAUUUUAUCUCCGUCAACGAGAACGGCGUAGUGAAACACUUCCCUAUACAACGCUCGACCACGAAAAACCUUAAGUAUAAAUAUAGACUUUAUAAGAGUGGUAGUUUUGAAAGUUUGGUAGACCUCGUUGAAUACUUGUACUCCAACAAAAAGUUAGUCACUGAAAGUGGGCAAAUUCAACUACUUUCCCCAGCAAACCGAGAUGCGGGCUUACUUUUAGUACCUGAUUUGGGCCCGAGUAUGCAGGUGGCGAGUGCUCCUGUAUCACCGGCAGGUACCCCACCAUUAACGCUAAAACGUGAGCGAAAUUGCAGCGACCCGACUUUAAGUGCUGAUCAAUUAAGAAGCCAUUUUGGCCGCUUGGGUCAGAGACCGAGGGCUGAAUCGCGUUCUUCGCCACCGAGCUUGUAUGUCGAGGACUUCGAUGUUAAUCAAAAUGAGGUUAUUUACGAAACUGUUAAUAUUCCGCCCAAAAAGCAACCUGAGCAAUCCGCACUCAUGAAGAAAAAACACUCCAUUCUAAAUGACGUAUUUGAGAUGUUUCGCAAUACGCUGUACAAAGAAUUCGGGAAACACGAUUGUCUGACCUUAGCAAAGCAGAUGACGUGCCGGGAUUUAGAGGUGGUCUGGGGCGAGGAGUUUUGCGAGAAGACUGGGAACGAGUUAGCCGAGCCGUGUGGACUGGAAUUGAUUUUAUUUCCACAAGGAAGUGAGCUGAGACGGAGCAUAUUAAAAAGGUUGGUGUACAUUCACGCGAUACUCCUGUAACUUAGUUACACGCUUAUAAGCGUAUUGAAUUAAAACGUAAUUAACGCAUGUAUGCGGUAAAAAUAGUUGUCAGAUACAUAAUGCUAUUAGGAUAGAUGAACCUGACCCUAGUCUAACCCCAACUCUAACCCUAGUAUAAUCUUAAUCUAAUCUUAAUCUAACACAAAUCGAAACUUGAUGACCUUUUUUUUUUCAAUCCGUCUCGAAUAUAAAUGGUGCCAUCUAACAGUUCAAUUUUCCUUGCAGACAUUCCACCAUCACAACAUGGGUAAGUUCGAUGGUUAUUGCAGCAGGCGAGACUGAAGACCGUGUUGAUAUCCUCACUAUAUUUAUUGGCAUUGCUCACGCAUUAUUCAGUUCCCUUGGCAACCUGGAUGGUUUCAUGGCUGUGAUGGAAGGACUGGAGGCUACCCAGGUAAAACCUGCUCUCCAUCACUUACAGUACAAUACAGAGGUUUGCGUAAAAUCCGUAACCAGCUAUAGGCCUUGUGACGUAGUUUACGGCUAAAGGAAAAUCCCGUACAGCCAUUAGGCUUGCCUGAUUGGCCAAAUGAUGAAUGAUAUGUGCGAACUACGCGUUAUCCGCGAACUACGUCACAAGGCAGAUUUUUUAAAAAGGUCUAUUCUCCUAGCCGGUGCGCUGACGAAAGGCACUACCCCCCCCCCCCCGAACGUCUGAAACAACACUGUCAUUUUGAAGGUUUUCAGGGGGUGACCGGCCUCUUCUGAGCGCACCGCCUAGGACAUAUAAGAGUUAGCAGUCACGCAU